AUGGUCAAGAAGGUGUUUCAUCCGGUUGUGGCCAAGCAAGGAAAGCUUCGAAAAGUGCAGAAGCGACCAGCCACCAAGAAGGACAGCUUCUGGGAGAAGGUCAAGUACGUUCGGGAAGGUGCCGUCAAUUCCCGCGGACAACGAAAGGAUCAAAUCAAGUGGAAGCGGACGCUUCCUGAGCUUCUCAACGCUUCCAACCGCAAGAUCAUUGACAUUCUCAUCGCGGAUAAGUUCCUCCCGAAGUGCAAGCUGCAGGUUGCGCCAAGAGGUGAUCUCCACAAGCAUCGGUGCAGCCAUCGCAAUUGUCACGUGUGGAUGAACCCCCAUCAUCUACACCCCCUCUUCAGCGAGUGUCAAGGCCCGCAGUCCCAGUCCUUGCAGAUGCAGGCGGCCCACCUCCUACUGAAGCUCCACAAGGUUCCUCAAAGCAAAAUCCACCUUCUCCUCGGCGUCAACCAUAAGGCCAUCGAGGACAUGGAGAACAAACUUUGCAAAACGCGGCAGGAGUACGUUCAGAAGAAGGAGAAGGAGAUCUUGCUUGGUGACGGCAAGUCCUGGAAGGACGACGGGGUCAUGAUGUGGGAACAAUGGGCUGGAAUCGUUCAACGUGGCCGCCCCGAAACCUUGAUUCUACGCAAACUGCAGCCAAAGAUCACAGUGAAGCGUGCCCCCGGACCAGGUGCCAUCCGGAAGACUGAGUGGAAACUCAUCGCCGAGGAGUUGUUGCUCGACCGCACGGUGAUUCUGUACACCGACUCGGCGAAGAGUUAUAAGCUCAAGCUUUCGGGCGUGCUCCACGACAAGGUAAUUCGUAGGCACUGGAAGUUUCUCAAAGAGCGCGUCCUUGUGAACCAGCAUACCAAGGCUGAAAGUAGCCUGCUUAAAGCAAAGUUGCGAUCAGCCCAGUAUGAGUACUGGAGUCGUAAUGCUGAUUUUUGGGUUGGGUGCGGCGAGCUGUGCUCCCACUCCAUGCAGAAGUUCUUGUCCUAG